AUGGGAUGUAAACCAGAAAAAGAAGUUGAAAGUUAUGACUUUUUUGAAAAUAUUGAAAAUUAUAUAGAUAAAGUUAACGACGCACAAAGUUCUUCAUCGGAUGGAGAGUUCGCUGAUUGUGAUAAUUUUUCUGAGGCAUACAGAUCUUCGUUUAAAGAUAAACAAAUUGCAAAAAGUUUAUGUGAACAACUUAUAAAAAUAUAUAAAUCAUUAAAUAAUUCAGGAACUACAACAAAGUGUUCUAAUAAUAAUAAGAAUGGCUGCGGAUUUUUUAACUAUUGGGUAAAUUUCAAAAUAAGCAAAGAUAUGAUUAAUGGAAGAAAUUGUAUAAAUGAAAUUUACAAUGCUUUCGAGAGCCAUUGCAUAAAAGAUUUCGGAGUCAUAUUAGAUCCAGGUAUAAUAUAUAAUAUUAACAAGGAUGAAUUGUAUAAAAUGAAUAUAUUAUAUAGUUUAUAUGAUAAAUACACACAACUUGACACUAUUCUAAAGAAUACAUCACAGGUGGAUAAGCAGUCAUUAUUAAAUCUUUCAAAUGCAUGUUGCUCUGAUUACAAUCAAGCUAGUUAUAUAUGCAAUGGUGAUAAUAAUAGUACAUUUUGUACAAAACUAAAAUCUUUUGAUUUAAAAUAUGAACAACUUUAUUCAAAACUCGUUGGACAAGGAUAUGACUUUUCUGAUUAUUUUACAAAAUUAUCAGAAUGCCCCAAUACUAAAAUUAUAGCAACCGCAGUUACAGGAACAGUUGUUGGAUUAAUACCCUUAGUUGGGGUUUUAUAUAAGGUUAGUAAAUUAAAUAUUAAUCUAUGA